AACUUCGUCAGUUGUGUUUGUGUUUCGGUUCUGUUUGGUCGUGUGCGCGCGCGUUCGGUCGUGCGUGUUCUCGUCGCCUUCUUGGAUCCGUUUUUUGGCGAAUCGCGUCGCGCCAAUUUACUCGAAAUUUUAUUUUGAAACCUGGUGAAAAUUUUGAUCGUGAGUUGUUACAACAAACUGUGUUUCACAAAAAAAGAAUCUGCAAAGUUCUGUGCAUCCUCUCUCGCCCUUACGUGACUGGCCAACAUUCUGGACCACAUAUCUUUGUGUUGUUGUUGUUGUUGUUAUUAUUGCUGGUUAGUGUGUGUGUUCAUUCUUGGAAAAAAGUGUAAACGUAAAAUCGUAAGAAGAGCGAACCAAAAGAAUAAGUUCUUCACUAGUGCGAACGAGAGAGCCCGUGAUAGCCAUCAUCUUAUCUUGGCCGACUAUCUCUUUCGCUCUUCUUCAGUGCAAACACCUUGAUCAUCAUCAUCAUCGUCGUCUUCGUCUUGCUCUUGUGCGUUGGUGAGUCGGUUGACGGUGACGACGACGACGACGAGAGGAAAAAGGAGAUUCCGUUCGUGCCUGCUGUGUGCUGUUGCUCUGCAGCAGAGUUCACGUCGUUUUUUUUUUUGUUGGGAAAAGGAGAUAAAAAGUAUGUGUGACUAGAUAUUUGCGGUGAACUACUACUGCUAUUGUUUACUCGCACACACCGUUUUGCUGUGGUGUAAACAAAAAACGGCAAGCUCGGCACAGUUGGGCUGUGUUGACAGAAACGACGACGCGAGUUAUCUCGCGAGAAGUUGUGAAAGUGUGCUGACAGUUGGGGUGGUGAUUUGGCGGUUUUUGAUACUAAAAAGUGACGUAAUUUUGAGAGUUCAAUCUAUCUAGAAUGCUUGUUUGAACGGUGAAUUUGUUAAAUUUGGAAGAAACUGUGACAGGUAAAGAACAGCAAAAGAGUGCCUCAAAAUUAGUGAAACAAAGAAUUUGAAGAGUUAACGGUGACGGUGAAAUAAAAAAAACAUCUAAAAAGGAAUAAAGGAAGAUCAGCUAUCUGAAGGAAUAAUAAAUUGCUGACUGUUGCAGAAAGUCCCUUCUCACUGUGAACCGAUGUUUGGAUUACAAUUUAUAACAAUUUAAAGAUUUACUGAGUCAACUUUUGUGCAUGAUCGUGGCCUGCAGCAGCUUUCGGAACCGUGAAGAAACCGUGCAAUAAAUUCGGAAGAGAUCGAUCGAGCCCCCGCCGAACGUCCGUUCGGGGCAGCCUUAUAAUGUGAAAGUGAUUUUUUUCCUUCAGUUUUUUUGGUUGCUUUGAAGAAAUAUGGGAAGUGUCGGUUAGGAUGAAGAAGGAGUUUGGUGUGAAAUAAAUAAAAGUGCAAUUACAAAAAAAAAAUCUUUGAAACGAGUGUGAGUGUGUGUACGUGUGCGUUGGUGAAGACGCGCAGGUCCUGAUGGUGGUUUUCAACUAUGACACAACUGGAGGAAUCGAGAAAGGAGCCUCAGCAGCCGCCGCCGCCUCAGCCACAUCUGCAAGUGCCGAAUCCGGCGGUGGAAGUCGGAGGCGGUCGGACGUACGUGUUCCCGGGGCCGAGUGCUGCGGUCGGUGGCCCCGGCGGUAGUGGGAUACCGACGACGGCAGUGGCUCCGACCGGUCGGGCACUGUUCGAGCAUCCGCGGAGUGGUGGCCACUCGCGGUCGAUUAGCCAUGGCGAGGGAUCGUUCGGGAUGCUGGGGGCGGCUGGCCGCCCAUCGGCACUCAAAUCCGCCGUCAAGGGUGGCCACCAGCGGGCGUUGUCUCAGGGACAAAUCACCGAUGCACCGGUGCCGCGGUCCGGUCACAGUCGGGUGGGGUCCAAGACGGAUUUCAUUCUCCCGCCCGGCCACAAGGAACAGCAGGAACCACGCGAAACGGGAACCGCCUCGACGGCCGGCAAAGGCCACUCGCGGCAAGCGUCCCGGUCGGAGUCGAUCUACACGCUGCGGCGAGCCGAUCGACCUCCAUGGUGGAAACGAUGGAUCUUCUGCCGCAGUAGCAAAUUCGAAGACCGGGGCUACCGGAUAGUGGUCCCGAAUCACACAGUGCCUCCCAAAACCCCCAAAGCGGACCACCCGAACGGGCGCCUCGUGGGCAACAAAAUUCGGACUACCAAGUAUACGCUCCUGUCGUUCGUUCCGAAGAAUCUGCUCGAGCAGUUCCACCGCGUCGCGAAUCUGUACUUUAUCUUCAUCGUGCUGCUCAACUGGUUCCCACAGAUUAACGCGUUCGGCAAGGAAAUCGCCAUGAUCCCGGUUCUGUUUGUGCUGGGUGUGACAGCCAUCAAGGAUCUGUUCGAGGACCGGCGGCGGCGCGCCUCGGACAAGCGGAUUAACAACUCGACCUGCCGCGUGUACAAUGGUGAAUCCGAGCGCUACAAGAAGGUCCUGUGGCAAGAUGUGCGCGUGGGAGACCUGGUCCAUCUGUCCAACAACGAAACCGUCCCGGCGGACAUCCUGCUGCUCAAGUCGAGCGACCCGCACGGCGUGUGCUACAUCGACACGUGCGACCUGGACGGGGAGACGAACCUCAAGCGGCGGCAGGUUAUCCGCGGGUUCGCCGAGAAGCAGCACUCGUUCGUGCAGAGCAAGUUCACGAGCCGGGUCGAGGUGGACGCACCGUCCACCAAGAUCUACCGCUUUCACGGCGCUGUGAUACAUCCGUCCGGCGAGCGCGUCCCGGUUUCAACGGAGAGUUUGCUGCUGCGCGAAAGUCGACUGAAGAACACGGACUACGCCGAGGGGAUCGUUGUGUACGCCGGGCACGAAACGAAGGCGAUGCUGAACAACAGUGGACCCCGGUACAAGCGGUCCCAGAUCGAGCAACAGAUGAAUAUCGAUGUCAUAUGGUGCGUCAUCAUACUCAUCAUCCUGUGCGUGAUCGGUGCGAUCGGUUGCACGAUGUGGCUGUCCUCGUUCGUGGAUAAGGUCCCCGACGACAAGUACAACAAGACCUUCCGAAUUCCGUACCUCCCGUUCGAGAUCGAUCCGGACUACGAGGGUCUGCUGGCGUUCUGGACGUUUGUGAUAAUUUUACAGAUUAUGAUACCACUUUCUUUGUACGUGACGAUUGAGUUGUGCAAGAUCAUGCAGGUGUACCACAUCCACAACAGUUUGGAUUUGUACGAUCCGCAGACGAACAAGCGUACCGAGUGUCGGGCGAUGAACAUUACGGAGGAGUUGGGUCAAGUGAGGUACAUAUUUUCGGACAAAACGGGCACGCUGACGGAGAACCGUAUGAUCUUCCGACGGUGUACGAUCGUGGGGGUGGACUACAACCAUCCGGAAACGGAGGAGGAGAAAGAACUGACCAAAAUGGGAGGUGUCGUGCCGAACCUUCAGCCAAAUAUUAGCUUAGUAGAGAAUUUAAACCAGACCACCGACGCGGGCAGGUUGACCGGCAGUGCCCAACAGAUCCAGGAGUUUUUCCUGGUGUUGGCGAUCUGCAACACGGUGGUGGUCAGUGCCACACCCCACAAGGACCACAUGAACGCGAGCGGAGUGAUCGAACUGAACGACAGUGACACGAGCGUCACGCUGGUGCGGCCGGUGAUCGCCGAAGGAAUUGCCAACGGCGUUGAUCCGGCGAGCGAUCGGUACGCCCGAUUGACAGAGUCACGAUCGAUCACCCCCUCCCCACCGCCAAAUGCACCCUCGUCACUGCCGUUGAAGCAAACCCAUGUGCCAUCGCUGUCGCCGAUCAGCAGCUCAGCGGAAACGUCACCUAUGUCGGAGAGUCCGCCAAUGAAACUGAAGGCGAUCACGCCAACGGCCCGCGUCAAGUCGCUGGUAGCAAAGCUGCCCAAGGGCCCGUUCAAGGGUAGUAAUAAGAACAAGUUCAACAUGAAUAGCGUUAAGUUCCAAAAGUCCCUGUCGCAGGGAUCGACACCAAGUGAUCGCCGCCCAAUCUUCGAAGCGGAAAGCCCCGAUGAGCUGGCGCUGGUCAACGCGGCGUACAGCUACGACUGCUGUCUAAUCAACCGAAGUCCAAACCACGUACUGGUGAACGUCCCGGGUGAUGGCGUGAUCGAGUACGAAGUGCUCAAGAUCCUCCCGUUCGACUCGAACCGCAAGUGCAUGUCGGUGGUGGUCCGCAAAACCGGUACCCAGGACGUCGUCCUCUACACCAAGGGCGCCGACAGUUCCAUUAUGUCUAGUCUAGCACCGUGUGCGCCCAACUCCGAAGAGUACCGACUUCGCGAGCAAACCCAACACCAGCUGAACCUCUACGCCCGGCAAGGCCUCCGCGUCCUGGUCAUGGCCAAACGUCACCUCGACGCCACCGACUUCUCCGAGUGGUACAGCAAACACCAGGAGUGCGAACUCAGCAUGGAAAACCGCGAAAAGAAAAUCCGAGAAUCGUUCAGCCUACUCGAACGCAACCUCACCCUACUCGGUACCACAGGCAUCGAGGACCGCCUCCAAGAGGGAGUCCCCGAAGCGAUCGCCUCCCUCAUCCAGUCCGGCAUCGUGAUAUGGGUCCUGACCGGGGACAAAACCGAAACCGCCAUCAACGUGGCCUACUCGGCGCGUCUCUUCAACCCCCAGAUGGACAUCCUCCGGCUGACGGCGCGAUCGCGCGAUUCCGCCGAAGCGUGCAUCAACUUCUACCUGAACGAGAUCGAGAAGCAGCUGAACGACGUAGACUUUAGCAUCCGGAGUGAUCGCGAGAAGGGCCGCGCGCUGGUCGUCGACGGCAAGACGCUCACGUUCAUCCUCGAUCUGCGGUCGAACCUGACGAAGCCGUUCCUGCAGCUGACCAAGUACUGCUCGUCGGUGCUGUGUUGCCGGGCGACCCCCCUUCAGAAGGCGUUCCUAGUGAAGGUGGUCAAGGAGGAGCUGCGGAUGAGCACGCUGGCGAUCGGGGACGGGGCGAAUGACGUGUCGAUGAUUCAGAUGGCAGACGUAGGCGUUGGGAUCUGCGGUCAGGAGGGUAUGCAAGCGGUGAUGGCGUCCGAUUUUACGAUUGCCAAGUUUAAGAUUCUGGAGAAGUUGCUGCUGGUGCAUGGCCACUGGAACUACGAUCGGUUGGCGCGAAUGAUCAUCUACUUCUUCUACAAAAAUGCCGCCUUCGUAUUCCUGCUGUUCUGGUACCAGCUGUACUGCGGCUUCUCCGGCGCCGUCAUGAUCGACGAGAUCUACCUGAUGAUCUACAACCUCAUCUUUACCGCGCUGCCCCCGCUCGCGAUCGGCGUGUACGACAAGAAGAUAAUCGACGACCUGCUGCUCAACUACCCGCGGCUGUACCGGCAUGGUCGCCUCGGCAAGGGCUACAAGCCGCACACCUUCUGGAUUGUGAUGCUGGACGCGCUCUACCAGAGCCUGGUAAUCUUCUUCGUGGCCAAGGCCACCUUCUGGGACUCGGACGUGGACGUGUGGGUGUUUGGGACGACGAUCACGUCGUCCUGCCUGUUCGCGAUGCUGCUGCACUGUGCCAUAGAAGUUAAGUCAUGGACGAUUCUUCACGUGUUAUCGAUCGCAAUUAGUAUAGGUUCGUUCUACGUGUUCGCGUUCGCGUACAACACCGUGUGCGUGAGUUGCUUCGGGCUGCCCUCGAACUACUGGGUGAUCCACAUGAGCAUGAGUACCAUUCAGUAUUACCUUAUAACUGCCUUGACGGCGGUGCUUGCUCUGCUACCUCGCUUCAUCUACCGCGUGCUGGAGAACACCGUCUUUCCGGGCGAGGGCAUCCGCGUGACGUUGCAGUACAAGGAAGAGAAACGAAGAGGUGAGAAUCUGCUCGUGACCUGGUCCCGGUCCACGUCUGCCUCGUCUAUAUUCAGAACCGCCGAUUACCGGACUGCGCAUAAGACUGUGACAAACGCCAGAUUGCGGACGAAGCCAGCGUGAAACGCGGAGCAGAAGUGGUAGAAAGUGACGGGAUGCAAGACGAUUCAGCUUAGUUGUGUUAAUUUUUAAAUCUUGUUUAUCUUUUCGCUCUCACUUUCGUUUUUGUAGUUGAAAUCUGCUUUUUAAAUAGUCGAUUACCGGGUACGAUGAAAUAUUUAUUUUUUAAACUAACUGCACUUACUCUCAUUUGUGAUCCUGCGAAAGCUCAAUUUGUUAACAAAAAAUCUUUACAUAAAGACCAGCCAUAUCCUAAGGAAUGCAUUCACAUUCACAACAACUAUUGAACAUUUGAACGCGGCCUUAAAUCCAAAUAGUUGUUCCCCUUUUUGCAUUAUACACGAAACCUAUUGGAAUAAAAAUCAAAUUAAAACAAUCGAGUUUUUGGAAGAGCCUGUAAAUAUUGCCCAACUAUUUGUACAGCUAAAUAGCAACAAAAAAAAGGUAAAACAAUAAUCAGCUGUUUCCUCUAUUGGGCGGCCUCCGCGUGUAGAAAAUAAAGCAACAAAUGUGACUGUUGAAUUUGCUUGUUAAAAAAUACCCCCCUAAACUAAUCCCACUUAUUCGGGAACGAUAGCAGAAUAUUUCACUGACUUCACACGGAUAAGAAGCAUUGAAAAUGCAUUUCGCAGUACCAUGAUACGCUUAAAAAUAAUAAAAAAAACUAAACUAGAGAAAAAUAAACGUCCCUCUUCGCUACGCAAAAACAAAUUAAAAAAAACUGGAGAAAAGCAAAUUAGCUAAUAAAUACAACAAAAAGUGGCUGUGACACGACACUGAGACGAAGGGAAAAAAAGAAGGGGGCGAAAUCUGCUGCCGAUCGGAGAGGGAUUGAGGACGACAAUAAAGACAACGCGAAUCAGAAUUGGAAAUUUGCGCUAAAAUUAAGACUAACCGCGAGUAGCUUAUCCUUCAAUCAACAAAUAAUUACGAAAGUGUAGUAUUUUUGGCGCGGCUCUCCCCUAGGGACCACCAUUGUUCUUGCAAACACGCUGACGACAAUUGUUAGUUUUAAAUUACAAAGCAAAUAGCAAAGUCCGAUAAGUUUACGCUGCAAAGUUAUAGGCCUAAGGGUAGGUCAAAGUGAAAAGGAGCCUAAUACCAAUAUCUAAGUGAAGUUAAACACAACAAUAACAAAAAAAAAUCGUAAGCUGUACAUAACAAGAUACAUAAUGUGAAACGAAAACGGUAGCAAACGUAAAUCAAAACUGUUAUGUAAGUAUUAUAUUUUAUUCGUAUAACGUAACGCGCCGAGAUUGAGAGGAGUUUUAUAAAGAAAAGUGUAAAAAAUUA